CAGAAAAGUAACACUCAAAAUACAUGUCCUCGAGUUGACGCCACUCUUUUAUGGUUAACGCCGCUCUUCAUCCUUCUUCUUCACUUCUCCUCCUCUUUACCAAAGUUCGACUAGAAUACUGUAGUGUGCUUGUCGAAACCAAACCGUCAGUUACCUAUUACCUCCACCUUGGUUUUUACAUUUUGACAUCCCUUGACUAUUCUGCACAGUUCAUCGACCCUUAUUGGACUAGGGGAAAAGUGUCUUUGUUAUUGUGGCAAUCUUUCCAGGCAUCCGUCAUUAGAUACUGAGUAAACGCGUCUUUUUUUCCCUAGUGAUAUUAGCUGGUGC